AUGUCCGUUUCGAAAAAAAAUCUCGAGGAAUUGGAAGUUCUAAGAACCAAACUUGAUGUCAAAUUUGACAUUAUAUCCUCAAUGUCUCUACAAGAACGACACAUGGAAAGGAUUGGGAUGGGUAACAUAAAAUCUAAGUUAGCUUCUGAGAUAAAACUAAAACGUAAAUUAACAGAAUUGAAAAACAGGGAGGAGGAUAGUGAUUCUAAUGAUAAGAAUAUAUUACAAAUUAAGUACAAAAAAAAGAAAUAUUAUAAACAAGAAAAGAAGGAUGACAACAAUGAUGAGGAAGAUAGUAAGGUUGCAGUAGUAUUGAAAAGAUCCAAAAUGAAUUCAAAAAGUCCUAAAAUGACUAGUGGCACGAAUGAAGAUGAUGCGAAAUCAUCGUCAAACUCAAAAACUAAAGACUGUACGGGCGACUUCCUGUCAAUGUAUUUAGCCGAGAAAGAAAAGAGAAAAAAAAAGAAGUCUAAAAAUAAAAAAAAAAAGGCGAUUAACGCGUAA